UCAUCCCCUAUCCGAAAAUGAUAAGCAUGAUAUUCCUGGGAGCUGGAAAAAGGUCCUAAACCCACCAUCUUCCCCCUCCUCCAUUUCCCGCUUCAAGGCUCUGUAGCUUCUAAACCCUCCAUCAUACACAGCUUCCUCCUCAAAGCUAUCAUUCCAAUUCCACUCUGGAACUGAACCAGCAUAUGCAAUUGGAAUUUUUGGGCGGUUCUUCCGUCCUCUGUUCACCACAUUCAGCUCCUUACAACCAGAGGAUGGUCUCCCUUGGCGCUCUUUCACUAUGCCCCUGCAGUCCGCUCUCACGCCCUCACCACACAGUUCGUACUAUUUAUUGUUGCAGUGGAUCUCCAACAGUGUUAGGCAAAAAUGUCUCGAAAGUACCCCGAAAAAGACCGGGAAGAUUGGAAGGUGCUAGAAGAAGCAUGGAAGACUCUGUUCAACGCAAGAUGGAACAGUUUUAUGAAGGUUCAGACGGUCCACCUCUCCGAGUUCUUCCAAUUGGUGGCCUUGGUGAAAUUGGGAUGAAUUGUAUGCUUGUUGGGAAUUAUGACCGCUACAUUCUGAUUGAUGCUGGUGUCAUGUUUCCUGACCAUGAUGAGCUUGGUGUCCAGAAAAUUAUACCUGAUACCACAUUUAUCAAAAGAUGGAGUCACAAAAUUGAAGCCGUUGUUAUUACACAUGGCCAUGAAGAUCACAUUGGUGCGUUGCCUUGGGUUAUUCCAGCUUUGGAUUCUCAUACACCAAUAUAUGCUUCUUCCUUUACAGUGGAGCUUAUAAAAAAGCGUCUGAAGGAAAAUGGGAUUUUUGUUCCUUCUCGACUUAAGGUGUUUAAGAUGAAAAAGAGAUUUACAGCUGGGCCAUUUGAAAUUGAGCCAAUUAGGGUUACCCAUUCCAUUCCUGAUUGUUGUGGAUUAGUUCUUCGAUGUGCUGAUGGUACAAUUCUUCAUACGGGAGACUGGAAGAUUGAUGAAUCACCAUUGGAUGGUAAAGUCUUUGAUCGAGAAACUUUGGAAGAACUAUCAAAAGAAGGAGUGACUCUUAUGAUGAGUGACUCAACAAAUGUACUAUCUCCUGGAAGGACUAUUAGUGAGUCUGUGGUGGCAGAUGCACUUUUAAGACGUAUCUCUGCCGCUAAAGGAAGGGUCAUUACGACUCAGUUUGCUUCAAAUAUACACCGUCUUGGAAGUGUGAAAGCAGCCGCGGAUUUAACUGGUAGAAAGUUGGUAUUUGUUGGCAUGUCUUUACGGACAUAUCUGGAUGCAGCCUGGAAAGAUGGGAAGGCACCGAUUGAUCCAUCGACCUUGGUAAAAGUGGAGGACAUUGAUGCCUAUGCUCCAAAAGAUUUAUUAAUUGUCACAACUGGCUCACAAGCAGAGCCACGUGCUGCCCUAAAUCUUGCAUCUUAUGGAAGUAGUCAUUCUCUCAAACUGAGCAAGGAAGACAUGAUUCUGUAUUCGGCCAAGGUUAUUCCAGGUAACGAAUCUAGAGUGAUGAAAAUGUUGAACCGUAUAUCAGAGAUUGGAUCGAAUAUAAUCAUGGGCAAGAAUGAGUUGCUGCACACAUCUGGUCACGGAUAUCGUGGAGAAUUAGAGGAGGUACUUCAAAUUGUUAAGCCGCAGCAUUUUUUACCCAUUCAUGGAGAGCUUUUAUUCCUCAAGGAGCAUGAAUUACUGGGCCGGUCGACAGGCAUUCGGCACACAACUGUUAUAAAAAAUGGAGAAAUGCUUGGAGUAUCUCAUCUAAGAAACAGAAGAGUUUUAUCCAAUGGUUUCACCUCUCUUGGGAGGGAGAAUUUACAGUUGAAGUAUAGUGAUGGUGACAAAGCAUUUGGAUCCUCAUCUGAGCUUUUCGUUGAUGAGAGACUAAAGAUUGCAACGGAUGGGAUUAUAGUGGUCAGUAUGGAAAUCUUGCGACCUCAAACAGAUGGUUUAAAUGAGACUGGCAUCAGAGGAAAACUAAGGAUCACUACUCGAUGUUUAUGGCUUGACAAGGGGAAGCUUCUAGAUGCACUUCAUAAAGCCGCUCAUGCAGCACUUUCAAGCUGCCCGGUGAAUUGUCCUCUAGCCCACAUGGAAAGAACUGUGUCUGAGCUUCUGAGGAAGAUGGUUAGAAAAUACAGUGGUAAGAGGCCUGAAGUCAUAGUCAUGGCCGUGGAGAACCCUGGAGGAGUUCUAUCCGAAGAGCUUGGAGCAAGGCUUUCAGGCAAGUCCAAUACUGGAUUUGGGAUGUCAGCAUUGAGAAAAGCAGUUGAUGGACAACCAACUAAGAGCCACUUAAACGGCAUAAGACCAGAUGGAAAUGACGAUUUGCAUUCUGAGGAUAACUCAAGUCAGGAGUCUCAAGGUUAUUAUUUGGAACCUGGAAGGCUACUUCCUGAAGAGGACUACGAUACCUCGAACUCAAACUUGACAGGGACACAAUCCUCUGAUAACGAGGGUUUGGAAGAUUUCUGGAGACCAUUUAUCACGCCAUCCUCUCCUGCUAGCGAAUUGGCCAAGGAUAACGAAGGUUCUGUUCAACAAUCAAAAAAUACGUUGGAGAUUACAAACGAAUGUGAAGAAGUUAGUGGUGACAAGUCACUGAAAACAUCAAAUUCUGACGUGAACCCUUUGAAGCCCGUGAAACGCAAUAAAUGGAAACCUGAGGAGAUCAAGAAACUUAUUAAAUUGCGGGGGGAAUUGCAUGCCAGGUUUCAAGUGGCCAGGGGACGAAUGGCAUUAUGGGAAGAGAUAUCCAAUGGCAUGUCGGCUGAUGGAAUUAAUCGGAGUCCUGGACAGUGCAAAUCUCUAUGGGCAUCUCUGGUUCAGAAAUUUGAGCAGGAAAGCAAAAGUGAAAAGAAAAGCAAGAGGAACUGGCCAUACUUCGAGGAAAUGAGUGGCAUAUUGUCUGAUUCAGAGGCAGUGGCAACAAAAUGACGGGAUGCUGUAAGCAACAGCAACUGAAAGUUUUGAAGAAACGUAGUUAGUCAUAUUUAUUCCAUACAGCAUGGAGAACCGCCUUGAUUAUUAAGAAACAGCCCAUUUUCAAAUGAUUCAAUGUCUCGGUAUCUCCAUGAACAUUGGCCCCAUCAAUGAGAAACCGUAUAUGAUUAUUAAGAGCAAUGGUGUUGGAGCUUACUUGGAUUAUCCGAUGCAUGCUAGCCUUUUUGGAGCCGAGGAAUGAGCAAAAUGUAUUGGGAUCUGGCGAACAUAAUUCAAUAGAAAUUGAAAUUUCAGGACAUAUGGGUUUGUUCCAUGCUGAAAUUCGUAAACAAAUUAGGGCAAGCUCUUUUAAUUUUAAUAAUAAUAGUUAUUAUUUUUUUAAGUUGACAAAUUAAUUCAUGAAAUCAACUUUAGCACAAUUUUGAGUAA